GGAGCGGGCUGGUGUGUUUUACACGAGCGCCCAACUUGACAGAGGGGAGUGGGGGGGGAGCUUCACAUUACUCACUCUCGAUGCCACCGGGGGAGAAAAUACACGGCGCAAGUACCCGCGGAUACAUCGUGCUCCAUGCUACCGAACACGACGGAGAGGAGCAAUGUCCGUGCAGUCGGAGACGCGCCAGCUCAAGGCGGCUGUAGCCCAGUUACUGGAGCAGCAUCUGUCCGUGCAUCUGCGGGAGAGAGACUUUGAUCCACGAGCGGGACGACACCCAAGCCGUCGUGCCUUUGACCUGGCAUUUGGACGACUGCCGCGCAGCAGAUCUCAGACCGAUGGCCCCGGCAACCCGGAGAAAAGAGCAGCCUGCCGCGGCAGCAGUAAGGUCACGGGAGGUCACGUCUCGCUGGAGAAAGAGGCGGAGAUCCUGUCCGCGUACGCCAGCUGUCUCAUAGACAGCUUGAACCUGGAGGAGGUGUUCAUGCUGUACAGGCACCGUCCCUCGGACAGCCUCACGAGAAGAGCUGCUAAGAGGGAGAUGACCCAGCUGUCCAGCCUGUCCACACGUCCACCAGCCAUGCUCAUGGCUCCAUACGCCCUGCGCUACGCCAAGCAGCGAGCAGACAAGCCGAAGAAGACGAAGACCGGAGGCCACGAGAGCAAGGGCCCCCACCUCUCGCCCGUGAAAUCGACUCCUUGCUCCGAGUCUGAUGGGCCUCCUUCCGAACCGGCAUCGGGGUCCUUGGGGGUGAAACGGGGACGUGGUACCGAAGCCCGGUCCCAGGGGACCCUUCCCAGGGGGCGCAUGACGUGACCUCCACCGUCCCCUCUCCCUGCUAUCACCCUUCCAACCCUCACCACCUUUCCCCCUCCUUUCAAUGCCACCAACCCUGUUACCCCCCUCUCCACGAUUGGUUCCAUGCAUAUUUAAAGCCUCGAGCGACCGUGGGGAAAUGUCAGACUGAUGAUGCUGAUGAUGAGUGUGGCCUUCUUGAUUUAGUCAAAAACCUAUCACUUGAUACAUCUUGUAAUCCUUGAGUUUUGAGGAGAAGAAGAAAAUAAAAUAGAUGCAAAAUGUGACCCUAAAUGAUAUUACCGUAUAGAGUGUGAACCACGAUUCUCAAUAGUUUAAUGAGAUUGUUAAUGAAUGAUGAUAAUUACGAUGAUUGUUGCAAAAUUAUGAAAAUCCAUAUAUGUGAUAAACUGUAGUUAUUCUCAUACAAGUUUGUGCAUUUAAUCUACAUUUGUGUAAUGUACAAAUGUUCCAGCUGAGACGCAAUAUUUAAAUAAAUUCAUCCUUACU